CACUCCCAAAAUUAUGUAUAAACAAAAACCUACUCGAUCUCUUAAUUUUGAAUAGUUAUUUGAGCAAAGCCGGCAGCUGGAGUGGAUGGAUUUUCAGUUUUUCAUUAAUCUAAUUAGUUUCGCAAUGUUAUAUGUUGGACUGUGCGUUCAGUUCAUUUAUUAGUUUAUUACUGAAGGGAGGAUAUGGUGAUAAGCUAAAAUAUCGUUCUAAUGUGCGAAUGUGAUGUCAGUUUUAUGUUGAAUCGCUGCGUACAGUAGCAGUGUUAAAUAUGAGAAAAAGUGUGUCAGCCAAGUCGAUUUUAAAUUUUUUUUAAUUAUUACAGUUGAGCUUAACAGUUCCACUUUACCUUACAAAAUAAAGUGUUCUUGUGGUUCCAAUCUAAAGUGAAAUGAAUUAUUCGAUGGAUAAAUUUUGUGGGUCCGAAUUUUGGAAUGCCAGCUUAUCGUGGUAUACAAAUGAUCCCGAUUUUACUGUAUGCUUCCAAAAGACGGUAUUGAUUUGGGUCCCGUGCCUGUUUUUGUGGAUGUUCUUAUCGUUGGAUAUUGUGUGUGUUAAACGGAAUCAGAGUAUCCCAUGGGGUGUAUUGAAUAUUAGCAAAUUGGUUUUGACGGGUGCAUUGAUCCUACUAACAGUAACUGAUAUUUGCGUGGCAAUGAGCUUAAGCAGAAGCGGAAAUAUAUUUCCGAUGGAUUAUUAUACGCCGCUGAUAAAGAUUGCAACGUUCAUCUUGUCCGGCUUGUUAGUGUAUGAAGACAAACGAAAUGGGAUGCAAACAUCGGGCGUACUGCUUCUCUUUUGGUUCUUUCUUUUCCUGUUCAGCAUACCGCAAUGUCGAAGUGAGAUUCGGCGUCUGAACGCUAGAGCGCAUAAUGAAACCGAAAAUUUUUGGGAAAGUUAUAAUUUUGUCAGUUUUAUCAUUUUUUUUGCAAUUACAUCGAUCGUAUGUGCCCUAAAUUGCUUUACGGAACAAUUGCCGACAGAUACUAAAUGUCCAGGAACAGAGAAUCCUUGCCCCGAACUAGGUUCCAAUUUUGUAUCGAAAUUGUUUUUCUCGUGGUUCGAUAAAAUGGCGUGGAAAGGAUACAAAGAACCUCUGAAGCAAACCGAUUUAUGGGAUCUGAAACCAGAGGACACGACAACAGUAAUCUAUCCCGCAUUCACCAAGAAUUGGGAAAAAGGAAAAGAAAAAAACAAGGCAUCAAUCUUGCCUGCUCUGUGGAAAACGUUCCGAGCGUCGCUUCUUUUCGGUUGGAUGCUGAAACUAGCCUCCGAUGUCAUAACAUUCUCUAUACCACAAUUGCUUCGCCUAAUUAUUUUAUUCGUUGAUUCCAGAGCAAGCGAGAAUCAACCUCAAUUGUGGAAGGGAAUCAUGUACGCAAUUUUACUCUUUGUUGUGUCUAGCCUACAAACAAUAAUACAUCAACAAUUCUUGCAUCGAAUGAGCACAAUGGGUUUUCGAAUCCGAACGGCAUUGAUCGGUGCCAUCUAUCGCAAAGCGUUGAUGAUCUCGAACACAGCGAGAAAAGAUUCGACUGUGGGUGAAAUCACGAAUUUGAUGAGCGUCGACGUUGACCAUUUCACGCAAAUAAUGGUGUCGAUUGAUCUGCUGUGGUCGGCUCCGUUUCAGAUUGCCGUGGCGCUGUACUUUUUAUGGUCAAUGUUGGAUGUGGUUGUCUUGGCCGGCUUUGCUGUGAUGCUGUUGGCGAUUCCAAUCACAGGUAUUUUGAUGAUUAUAUCAGAUGAUUAUUCUACGCGGCAAAUGGCGAAAAAGGACGAACGAAUUAAGAUGAUACACGAAAUUUUAAAUGGAAUCAAGGUACUUAAGCUGUAUGCCUGGGAAAACAGCUUUGGAGAUCUAAUAAACAGCAUCCGCAACAAGGAAGUUAAAAUUCUAAAACAAACGACAUACCUUUCGUCUUUCGUCAAUUUGAUUUGGCUUCUUGUACCGUAUUUUGUGUCUCUGUUCACGUUUGGAGUGUUUGUACUAAUUGACGAGAACAACAUUUUGACUCCUGAAAUUGCUUUCGUUUCAUUGAAUUUGUUCAACAUAAUUCGCUUACCAUUGGUAUCAUUAGCGGAUCUAUUGCCUAAAUUAACUCAGACUCGAGUGUCAAUCACGCGAAUUAAUAAAUUCUUAAAUCGAGAAGAGCUGGACCCAAGCAACGUCGAUCAUUUUAAAGAUGAAGAUUAUCCACUACUAAUCGAGGAUGGAACGUUCUCGUGGAACGAUCAAGAAGAAAUACUUUCGUCCAUUAGCAUGAGAGUAGAAAGUGGAAGUCUUGUAGCUGUGGUUGGAAACGUUGGUUCAGGCAAGAGCUCGCUACUGUCUGCAUUCCUUGGAGAAAUGAACAAAAUUUCCGGUAGAGUAAACACUGUUGGAACAAAAGCUUAUGUGCCCCAACAAGCAUGGAUCCAGAACUGUACGUUGCGAGCAAAUAUUCUGUUUGGAAAUCCACACAAUGAGCAAAGAUAUCAGAGAGUCAUAGAAGCAUGCGCCUUGACAGCAGACAUCGAAAUUUUUCCUGAUGGCGAUCAAACGGAAAUUGGCGAGAAGGGAAUCAACCUGUCGGGUGGCCAGAAACAACGAAUUAGUUUGGCGAGAGCUGUGUACCAUGAUGCUGAUAUUUAUCUACUCGAUGAUCCAUUGAGUGCAGUGGACGCUCAUGUCGGCCAGCACAUUUUCGAAAAGGUCAUUGGUCCAUCCGGAAUAUUGGCCUCUAAGACAAGGGUUAUGGUGACCCAUGCAAUAAACUAUUUACCGAAGGUGGACAACAUUUUCGUCUUGGAAAAUGGAAAGGUUUGUGAAUCAGCCUCAUAUACCACACUGCUGAAAAAGAAGGGAACAUUCGCCGAAUUUCUGUUACAACAUAUACAAGAAGCCAAUUCUGAUGAUGAGGAAAUUGAUGAUUUGAAAUUAAAGAUUUCAAGGUUGGAAGGAAUCGAUGAUGAGCUAAUAUCACGAAUAAUGUCAAGGCAAUCAUCGCAAUCCAGUGAAAGAAGUAUUCAAAGCGAGAUAACUAAGACCAAAGACGAUGUAAUUGAUGAAGAAGAGCUUCAUGUGGGAAGUGUUAAGUAUGAGGUCUACAAAUAUUACGUCAAGUGUGUCGGCAUGAAAUGGAUAGUAUUGAUGUUGUUGACCAACGUAGUGUUUCAGAGCGUUUCGAUCGGCUCGAACUUAUGGCUGUCGAAAUGGUCAUCAGAUACAGUUGCAGCAACCGAUACUCAACUUCGGGAUACGUAUUUGGGAGCUUAUGGUGCGCUUGGUUUGUUAAUUGUAGUGUCCGGAUAUUUUCUUGAUCUUGCACCUCGACUCGGCGGACUGACAGCUGGAGUACAUUUGCAUCUGACGUUGUUGUGUGGAAUCCUUCGAGCUCCGCUAUCAUUUUUCGAAGGUACUCCCACUGGACGAAUUUUGUCACGCUUUGCUAAUGAGAUCGAUGGCAUUGACAAUACUUUGCCAGAAAUGCUAGCAAGUGCUGUAAGCCUUAGCUUCGAAAUUUUGGGGGCUAUCAUCGUGAUAACCAUGUCCACAUACAUCUUCUGUGUUGCGGUUAUACCAAUUGCUAUUUUGUAUUACUUUCUUCAGGACAUUUACAUUUCCGCGUCCAGGCAAUUGAAACGUCUUUCAUUCGUAUCAAGGUCACCCAUUUACUCUCACCUUGGAGAAACACUGCAAGGAGCGGCGACUAUCCGAUCGUUUUCCGUUCAAAACAGAUUUAUCGACGAAUCGGAUGAACAAGUAAAUUUAAAUCAAGCGUCUCAGUUCGCAGAUCUCGUCGCUAAUCGAUGGCUCGGUGUUCGAUUGGAAAUGGUUGGCAGUCUUAUCAUGUUCUUUGCUGCAUUGUUCGCAGUUUUGAAUCGAGAUACGAUUUCAUCGGGAGCUGCAGGACUAUCAAUUGUUUAUUCGCUACAAAUAACGAAAAUCUUGAAUAAGUUAGUGCGAAUGGUUUCGGUUCUAGAAACCGAGGCUGUUUCUGUAGAACGUGUAAAGGAGUACUCUCAAACCAAGUCCGAAGCUCCCUGGAACAUACCGUCACAAUCGCUACCGAAUAAUUGGCCAGAAAUCGGUACAGUUCAGUUCAAUAAUUUCGACAUGCGAUAUCGAGAUGGUUUGGAGUUAUCAUUAAAGGGACUCUCGUUCAAAAUAAAUGGCGGCGAGAAGGUUGGCAUUGUGGGUCGAACUGGUGCCGGAAAGUCAAGCUUAACGUUGGCAUUGUUCCGUAUCAUAGAGUCUUCUGGCGGAUCGAUUCUAAUCGACGGACAAGACAUUUCGAAAUUGGGUCUCCAUGAGCUGCGAUCACGCUUGACGAUUAUUCCCCAAGAUCCGGUUUUAUUUUCGGGAACGCUUCGCUUGAAUUUGGAUCCAUCCGAACAGAACACUGAUGACGAACUAUGGACGGCUCUCGAACAUGCUCACCUGAAAUCAUUCGUCGGAGAACUUAGAACCGGCUUGAAUCACGAAAUCACAGAGGGAGGAGAGAAUCUGUCAGUUGGUCAGAGACAGUUAGUGUGUCUAUCUCGAGCGUUAUUGCGAAAAACUAGAGUGUUAAUUUUGGACGAAGCAACAGGUGCCGUCGACCUGGAAACGGAUGAAUUAAUUCAACGGACUAUUCGGAUGGAAUUCAGCGAUUGCACCAUUUUGACAAUUGCACAUCGGCUGAAUACGAUUAUGGACUCCGAUAAGGUUAUCGUACUGGACAAGGGGCAAAUAUCGGAAUUUGCGUCUCCAACGGAAUUGUUACGGGACAGAGCGUCUGUGUUUUACGGUAUGGCGAAGGAAUCGGGUUUAGUGCACGGUUCUGAUAGAGUUCACAAAAGUUUGUCUCUCUAAAAUUUAGGAAAUUAAAAUUUGUUUGUAGAACCAGAAUUAUCGU